CUUUGUUAUAAGGGAACUAAGCAAGCAGACGGAGGGAACGCCACGCAAAAUGGGACUAAGGGACGAGCUUUUGAAGGCGAUAUGGCAUGCUUUCACCGCGUUGGAUGUGGACAAAAGUGGAAAAGUAUCUAAAUCGCAGUUGAAGGUGCUGUCCCACAACCUUUGCACUGUAAUGAAGAUCCCACAUGACCCUGUGGCUCUGGAGGAGCAUUUCAAAGAUGACGACGAGGGGCCUGUGUCCAACCAAGGGUACAUGCCAUACCUCAACAAGUUCAUAUUGGACAAGGUCCAGGACAACUUUGACAGGGUGGAUUUUAACAAGAUGUGCUGGACUCUCUGUGCCAGAAAAAACCUCAACAGGAGCCAUCUGCUGAUCACAGAUGACUAUGCCUUCAAGAUCUGGUGCAUUUUCAACUUUCUGUCAGAGGACAAUUAUCCACUGGUCAUCGUCACCGAGGAGAUCGAGUACUUCCUGCGGAAGUUGACGGAGGCGAUGGGGGGCAGCUGGGUGGAGGAGCGUUUUGAGGAGUACAGGAUGCAGCUGAGCAGCAAACAGCAGUGCUUGAGUGUCUGGGAGCUGAUCGAGCUCGUUGGCACCGGUACCUUCAGCAUGGGCAUGGACCACCAGACCCUCUCCAUGGGCAUCAGCGAGGUCUUCCAGGAGCUCAUAUUGGACGUGCUCAAACAAGGCUAUAUGCUGAAAAAGGGACACAAACGGAAGAACUGGACGGAGCGCUGGUUCCUGCUUCGGCCCAAUGCCAUCUCAUACUACGUCGGCGAGGACCUCACGGAAAAGAAGGGUGACAUCAUGCUGGAUUCUAACUGCUGUGUUGAGUCUUUACCAGACAAGGAAGGAAAGAAAUGCCUCUUCAUUAUUAAAUGUUUGGAUAAAAGCUUCGAGAUCAGCGCAUCUGACAAAAAGAAGAAGCAGGAAUGGAUCCAAGCCAUCCAGACCUGCAUCACCCUGCUGAAGCGGGACCUGCCGGCCCCCCACCAUGAGGCACGCCUGCGGAGGAAGGAGCUGCGGCAGAAGCAGCAGGCAGAGCUGGAGCAGCUGGAGGAGAGGAUGAGGGAGCUGCAGAUCGCCAACGAGAACAAGCAGCGUGAACUGGAGGCCAUGAGGAAGAAGCUGGAGGAGACAACGGCGGAGGCGGCGGAGGAGGAAAGGCGGAGGCUGCAGACCCAGAACGAGCUGCAGGACCGUUACAGGACUGAUCUGGAGAGGGAGAAGAUGGUGCGGCAGCAGAUGGAGGAGCAGGUGGCACAGAAGUCUUGUGAGCUGGAGCAGUACCUGCAGCGCGUGCGCGAGCUGGAAGAUAUGUACCAUCGCCUGGAGGAGGCGCUAGAUGCCGAGCGGCAGGCCCGGCAGGACGAGGAGACCGUUCGCAAGCUGCAGGCCAGGCUGUUGGAGGAGGAGGCAUUUAAGCGGACGGAGCUUGAGCAGAUGCACCUGCAGCAGCAGAUAGCCAUCUCACAGACGGAGGCAGAGAAGCAGGAGCUGGAGAAUGAGCGGCUGGCCAAGGAGACGGCGCUGCAGGCAGCCAUGCAACAGCUGGAGCAGCUGGAGAGCGACAGACAAGGGGCGCUGCAGCAGUACCAGGAAGUGAUGAAGAAACUGGAGCAUGCAGCCAAUGAAACCAGGAGCUGGAAGGACAAAGUUGCACAUCAUGAGGGUCUGAUUCGUCUCAUUCAGCCAGGCUCAAAGGGGCCCCAGAGGAUCACUAACUGGGGGCCGGCAGCAUUCACUGACAAAGAGCUGAGCCUGAGGGAGAAGGAAUGGCAGGAGAAGAGGAGCAGGCCUGCCCAGGCCCAGUAGUGCCCCACCUCAACUAACACACCACCUCCUCCCAACACUGCUGUGAUGUUGUAUCAAUGUGACAAAGUUGCCUGAGUGCAACAGAGACUUAAUGUGUUAACAAUAAACCCAGGACUGCAUCACAGGGACUUUGGCUUUUGCUCUUAACACCCCAGGUUCUGUGUCAGAAUCCAAUAAUGUUUCAGCUGGGACCCAGGGCUGCAAGCUCAGAACAGCAGCAGUCAAACUUUUGUCCGAAUGCUUCUCUGUAGGUGGAAAUGUUUGUUGAUUUGAGUGAGCCUGAUGACCUAUUGCUAUCUAUAGCCAUUCUACUCAUGCCAUUCUACCUGCAUGUGGUUGAAUAGCCAAGAGAUAUUUUGGCUGUUCUGAAGGGAUGCUAUACACAUCAUUCAGUAGAAACUACAUACUCUGAUUUUCUAAGUUGUUUUUCUCAGCUUACAUUUUCCUUACUUUUACUUUUGUUGCCAAAGUGUAGAGAAGUGAAAUAUCCUAUUUCAGUCCUAUUUCUGUAUUUAUUAACAGUGUCAUUAUCUUUCUGCCACUGACAAUGUGUGCAGAAUGACAGUUUUAUUAGUUUUUAAAUGUCCACAGUUCUUGUAAUGUAGUAUGUAAUCAAAUUAAUUUUAUACAUCUCUAACCAUCAUGCUACUGUACUGCAAUAGAUUAUAAUUGUAUGUUUUGUUUGAAAUAUUAUUUAAUAAUAGAAAAUAUCUGGAAAACACUUGGAGAAACAGAGAUUUUUUAUUUUACAUUGAAAUGUUUGUGUAAAGUCCAAAAGGAAUUUUGUAUAUGCAUUUGAAAAGGGAGUGAUAUUUGAAAUGUAUAGAAACAGAGUAGUUGUGUCAUUUUAGUUUUCAAUUUUUGUGAAAUAGUGCUGGUAUUUGAUAUAAAACCAUUAAAGGACAUUGCUAAACCCCAGUUUUACUUUGUUGUCAAAAUUGUAAAUGCUUAUCUCUGUUUUAGGUUAGGCUGAAUGGAGAAAUAGUCUUUUUUUUCUGGUUGAACAAAACAUGUCACUAAAAUGAUCAAUCACAUUAAAGAAUUUUUUUCUGAA